UAGCCGGACGACUUCGCUCCUAUUGCGAGGAAAUCCUUUAUUUCCCAACCACUCAUAUAAACCAUUAUAAUACCACCAGUUAUAAUACCGAAAUUAUGUAAAUGCAUAUAAUAAUGUAAUCUUUAUUAGAACUCGCCUUUAUUGUUUGAUCAUUCUUUUUUGGCGGCAAAUUUUUGCUACUCACGCUCGCAUUUUACUCGAGUUCGGAAUUUCGUAGUACAUUUUAUUGAGUGUUUCUUUGUGUUGUCGGUAUUUUGAAGUGUUAUUUGUUAGUUAAAUGACUUCCGAGGAGUCGAUGGCUGCAGCAGCAGUGGUUACCGCAGAACCGGUCGCAGCGCCCGAGCCGCAACCCGACCCAGAACCGCAACCGCCGUCCGAUGACGAGAAGUCCCCUGAUUGGCGUCCAUCGCGACCGCCGUCCCCGCCACAGCGUCCGGACGACGUUUCCGAGGGCUCGGAAACGACUCGUCCGAAUUUACGACCCGAUCGUCCGGAACCGGCGAGCCGCUACGCAAAUUUGAACUAUUGGAAAGCUAGAAGAGUAACCUUUUAUAGAAAUGGGGACCCUUUUCAUCCAGGCGUCGAGUUUCGAUUCAAGUUGGGUAGGGAUUUGGUGUCCAUGGAUGCGCUACUCGAUAGAUUGUCCGAGAGGUUGGAACUGCCACGUGGUGCGAGAUUCAUCUUCGGGAUGGAUGGUGACAGAAAGUAUAGACUUGAAGAGUUGGAGGACGGUGCUUCGUACGUUGUUUCGUCUUACAAGACUUUCAAGGCUGCAAGCUACGGCAAGAAGAACGGCAUGUGGUACGCGGGCGGCACGGUGACUGGUGCAAGCGGCUGGUCGCGUGCCGGCACACGGAAGCAGUCAGUUGCCGAGUCGGACGCGCCUCCCCCCGGCGGCGGCAAGAACACCAGCGGGCGGGUCAUACGGAUCAUCAACAACAUGGAUCACUCUAUACAGUGCCGUGUGUUAUUGAACCUACGCACGACUCAGCCCUUCGAGGAAGUUCUGGAAGACCUGGGACAAGUCCUGAAAAUGAGCGGCGCUAAGAGAAUGUACACAAUAACAGGACAAGAGGUUCGAAGUUUUUCGCAGCUGCGGAAUGAGUUCGCAGAUGUGGAGACAUUUUAUUUGGGCACUGCAAUGGUGGCACCUGCAUUGAGCCCUGGAAUAAGCGCCCCACUGCCUAUCGAGUCACCAAUAAGAAGAUCGCGGUCCAGAGGAGCAGUGGCAGCAAUGCCAGUGUCAGAAGACACGCGAGGCCGCCGGGCGCGCAGCAAAAGCCGGCCACGGGUGUUGUAUGCGCCUGAGGGCGAAAUUGUCCGUAAUUCAGACUAUACUCUACUGGAAGUAUUGAAGGAGGAACCUAUGAGAGUUACUAUCCGUGGUCUGCGACGCACGUUCUACCCACCAAUCCACCACGCUCCCAUUGACAGCUCACCGCCGGAUAAGAAAAUGCAACUUGAAUGGGUAUACGGUUACCGCGGCGCGGACUCUCGGCGCAACCUGUGGGUGCUGCCGACCGGCGAGCUCUUGUACUACGUGGCCGCCGUGGCCGUCAUGUACGACAGAGACGAGGAGUCGCAGCGGCAUUACAUGGGCCACACAGAGGAUAUACAGUGCAUGGAGCUGCACCCGUCGCGCGAGCUGGUGGCGAGCGGGCAGCGCGCGGGGCGCGGGCGGCGCGCGCAGGCGCACGUGCGCAUCUGGAGCACGGACACGCUGCAGACGCUGCACGUGUUCGGCAUGGCGGAGUUCGAGGCGGGCGUGGCGGCCGUGGCCUUCUCUCAGCUUAACGGCGGUAGUUACGUGUUGGCAGUGGACGCCGGCCGUGAAAGCAUUUUAUCGGUUUGGCAGUGGCAGUGGGGACACCUGCUUGGCAAAGUUGCGACGUUACAAGAAGAAUUGACCGGCGCCGCGUUCCACCCACUCGACGACAAUCUCCUAAUCACGCAUGGCAAGGGGCAUCUUGCCUUUUGGAACAGGAGGAAAGAUGGCUUUUUCGAACGAACUGACAUUAUAAAACCUCCUGCUCGGACUCAAGUAACUGCAUUGCAGUUUGAACAAGAUGGCGACGUGGUGACUGCUGAUAGUGAUGGUUUUAUAACGAUUUAUAGCGUCGAUAGUGAUGGGGCUUAUUUUGUUCGAAUGGAGUUUGAGGCCCACAUAAAAGGAAUCAGUUCUUUAGUAAUGCUUUCGGAAGGUACUUUGAUAUCUGGCGGUGAGAAAGACAGAAAAAUAGCAGCGUGGGAUUCCUUACAAAACUAUAAACGGAUUACAGAAACCAAAUUGACUGAAUCGGCUGGUGGAGUUCGUAGUAUUUACCCUCAAAGACCGGGAAGGAAUGAUGGUAAUUUAUACAUAGGUACUACAAAAAAUAAUAUUAUGGAAGGAUCUCUUCAGCGAAGGUUCAACCAAGUGAUAUUCGGGCAUCACAGACCAUUGAUGGGCAUAGCUGUUCAUCCGGAUGACGAAAUGUUUGCGACAGCUGGUCACGAUAAAAACAUUGCAUUAUGGAAAGGUCACAAACUAAUAUUUGCUACACAGGUUGGCUAUGAAUGCGUAUCAUUAGCGUGGCAUCCUGGAGGUGGGGCGUUGGCUGCGGGUAGUACAGAGGGCCAUUUAGUGAUUUUAAAUGCUGAUGCUGGAGCUCAUGUUGCUACCCUGAGAGUUUGUGGAUCUCCACUUAAUUGUUUGCAGUAUAACUCAGCUGGUGAUGUUCUUGCGAUUGGAUCUCAAAAUGGAAGUAUAUAUCUAUUCCGGGUAUCUCGAGAUGGCUUUUCAUAUAAAAAAUCAAAUAAAAUUCGAGGUGCUCAACCACUUGUUCAACUGGAUUGGAGCCUUGAUGGUGUUUAUUUGCAAACUGUUACUGCUGACUACGAUUUAUCAUUCUGGGAUAUAAAAGCUUUAUCACCAGAGAAGAGUCCUAUAGCAAUGAAAGAUGUAAAAUGGUUUACAUACAAUUCUACAGUCGGGUUUCUUGUUUCUGGAAUGUGGAAUAAUCGCUUUUAUCCUAUGACGUCACUUAUUACGGCCGCUAGUCGUUCAGCUGCCCACGAUCUUCUUAUUAGCGGCGAUUCUGAUGGUUAUCUACGGCUAUUCAGAUAUCCUUGUGCCAGUCCCAAAGCAGAGUACAAUGAAGUGAAAGCAUACACUGGAUCUAUAUAUUCAGCUCGUUUUCUGUUUAACGACCGUUGCCUUGUGACGUCCGGUGGCUCAGACGCUGCUCUCAUGCUGUGGGAGCUAGUGGAUGAUUAGCAUCAAGCAGCGCAGGGGCUGCGGCCUCCGGCAGUCGUGUUGGCACCCCCGACUCCUUCCCCACCGCCCCCCGCGCUCGCUUAUUACCCUACGUUCCGAGUACUGCAAUACGAUGAGCUUGAUUGAAAGGAACUGUAGAACUGGAGGAUAUUGAUUAUGUGACUCAUAUUAAGGGUCUUUAAGGAAUAUUAUUCCCUCUAUCGUAACGUCUCUGGUGAAGAGUAUAUCACGAGAUGUAUUACGUUACACUGCACGACGUGCAGUAAAAUUUCAAGAAGAAUACGCUUCUGAAUCUAGAAGAUCUGAUGAGAUUUAUUAUAUUUUAUUGUUAUAUUAAUUAGGAAGUAUAUUAAAGAAUAUCAAGCGUCAUUUCACUCACUGCCAUUCUAACUUGCAUAUUAAAAAUAAAUAAAUGCACUGUUUAAUGGUACAACGAUUAAGAUUUAUUUUGUGAUAAUAUUUAUAUAUAAAUACACAAAUAAAUUAAACUUUAAUUCUAGGUUGGACUUCCAGAUAUUGUUUUAGUAGAGUAUUAUUAAAUUUAACUUAUUACUUAUUAAUUAUAGUUACAAGAUUCUAAUAAAUAAAUGUAGGAAGUUUAUUAUAUGAGAAUAGAAGCACAACAGUAAUUUAUACCCCGAUGAGGGUUUAUACAUUAAUAUAAAAUAAGACGCACUUUUUUACAGCAAUAAGUGGCGGGCCACUAAGAUGUUUAUUAAGCGAUUUUCAUUUACACUAAACUUAUAAAUUAAAAUCAAUACCAAUUUACAUAAUAGGUACAGUAAGAUUUUUAUACUGUCACCUAACACAGUCAUAUUAAUCUAUGUAAAACUUAACACAAUCUUACCAUCUACACCUAAUUUUUAACAAUUUGGUGUAGAAUUAAAUAAAAAAAUUGUUAUAACAUGGUAGGUACAUUUUAUUUACUGUUAGUAGUUAUUUCUUUUUAUUUAAAAGUAGUAGUUUUUUUUUGUAUUGCUGUAUGAAUUUGUUAUUAAUUAUGUACCUAGUAUCUAAUACAUAUAAUAUAAUGAUUUGUCAGAUAAUAAUUCAAAUAUAAUUUUUAUACGGUUUUAUUUAUUUUCCAAUUAAUUAUAGCUAUUCGCAUAAUUAAACUACCUAUUAU